GAUUUAAUUCAUUUCAGUUCAGUUUGAGCUUUGAAUUCAAAAGUAUACACACACAAAUCCUUUUCUUUCAAAAUCCAGUCCAAUUUGGCACACAAAACCGAAUCAUGGAAACGCACCAUUCCACCACAGUGAAGGAUCAGAUCCUGGAGAUGACCGGCCAGCAUGUUGACCUGCUGCUGGCGAUGUGGCUGCGGAUCUUUGAGCCCAAGACCUGCGACGAGUUUCUCCUCAGGCUGAGGGACCACGUGCAGACUUUCUACAAGGACCUGCUGAACGAGUCCCAGGAGAAGCAGCAGUCGAUCCUCGACGACAUCGCCAGGCUGCGGAUGGAGGCCAGUGUCCUUGCGCGCCUGCUCCACAAGUCAGUGGACAUGCACGAGCAGCCGGAUGAUCUCCCCCUGGUCAUGAGGCAGUUGGAGCUGAAAAAGAGCAUCGAGCUCCUGAGCGCGGAGCUGGCCAGCCAACGCGCCGAAAUCGGAGAGCUGCUUGUCCAGCAGAAUGAGCUCUGUGAGGAACUGGACGAGUUGCCGCUUCCCUUGCCCGCAGAUCCUCUGCCACUGCCGGAGGAGAUGGAUGCGUUCCGGGAUCACCUCCAGCAACUGCGCGACGAACGAGUGCAGCGGCUGAAGGAGGUGGACGAGCUGCGUGACAGCAUCCGGACUAACAUGAAGAUACUAGAACUAUUUCCCAUUACAGACUCCGAGGUGCAACUGCUAUGCCAGGACAAUCAGUCCCCCAAAAAUGAGGUCCUGACGCAGCUACGCCUCAUGCAGAAGGAAUACGCCCAUCAAGUCGAGGAGUUACACGAGCAUAUCGACACUAUGCGUAAGAAGAUUGAAGUACUGUGGACACGACUCCCAGAGACUGAAGAUUUUUUCAAGCGACGGGUGCGGGAAGCCAUGGCCUACACACAGGGCACUUAUGAUGUGCUCCUAGAGGAGUUGCAGCGGUGCCAAGCAAUCCGAACUGGGAACCUGAAGACCUACAUAGGACGACUGCGUGCAGAAAUCAAGGUGUGGUGGGAUCUCACCCUGAAGAGCCCUGAGGAACGCAAACUCUUCACUAGCUACUUUACCGAUACCGAAAGCGAAGAUAUACUGGAACUUCAUGAGAUGGAGUUGGACGGCCUUAAGGACUUCUACAGCAGAAACAAGAAGCUUUUCGAACUCUAUGCACACCGGGGGGAGCUGUGGAUGCGCAUGGAGGCACUAGUGGCCAAGGCAAACGAUCCGAGUCGUUUCAACAAUCGCGGUGGCCAGCUGCUUAAGGAGGAGAAGGAACGCAAAGCCAUCUCGGCCAAGCUGCCCAAAAUCGAGCAACAGAUCACAGAGCUGGUGAACGUCUAUGUGAGCCAGGUGAAUACUCCUUUCCUGGUAUACGGUGAGGAUAUCCAUAAGAGCAUGGCCUUGGACUGGGAGCAGCUCCGCCAGCCCAAGCAGCCACCCUCUGCCGCUAAGAAGCCAGAGCCGCCAUCAGCGCCUUUCAAGUCAAAAUCACAGAAGAAGGAAGCCUUGCCCUCGCUGACAAAGACCCCUGCUAAUCCUGGCAAUGCCAAUCCGCUGACGGAUGUCGGCGGCAAAGAUUCCUCGAAUGUCCUGGCAGUGAAUUCCAAACUGGAUUUCUCGUUGCGCAGAGCUAGUCUGCAGUCUUCCUAGCCACUUUUGAAGUCUGUUUUGAAGAUCUAUUUUGAUCUGUUUUCUACCUGAAGUCUACUUUUGCUCGAUAAGUAUUUUCGUAACUGAAAGUUCAGGGUAAACAUGGUUAAUAUAGAAGAAAUUUAUAACUGUUACGAUAUUAUAUUGAUUGUAAAGUUUUCAUAAAGAAAAAAAAACUAAUUCGAAUUUGA